AUGGCCAGUUCGUCCUCAAGAGAAUCAAAAUAUCAUCCGAAGACAGGGACUAUGGUUCCGUUUCCACCGGGAAGGUUAUGCUAUCCGGAGGGAAGUUAUUACAUAGGCACCGUGGCGCAAUUUCUCGUACCUGAGGACCUUAUUUGCGGCCAUUCGCGCGUUAUCGACGACACUGUAUCCGCGACACAACCGGGCGGUGAAAAGCGCAUCUCCUUUCCGGACAUCAUCCCCGACCACUUCAACUGGUACGUGCAGUGGCUCUACACGGGUCGCUUCUUCUUUCUUCAUCCUAGCCGAGCAACCACGGGAUGGGAUGCGUACAUCCACCCAUACGCCGACACCUACGAGCUCGCGCAGUGGACUCUCCAUCUCAAGCUUGCCUCCGAAUUGCAAGAUACAGAUUUCCACGACGCUUUGAUCGACUCUCUGCUGGAGUGGAUUUGGUAA